AGAACGAAACCAGCUGGAGGUCAGCGUCCUUUCCCCAGUCUCCCAGCUGGACCCGAGGGCUUGCUCAGGCAUUCCGGCUCUGUGGCUCCUACGUCUCUACCGACCACUGGGGUGCAGAACUCCACGAAGGCCGAGGGGCAAUGUUGAACUCCCCCCGCCAUUUCCAUGCAAGGCUAUUUUUAGCCGCCGCUGUUGCAAUAUAAAGAAUGUUUGGCGUGGGGAGCUCUUUGCAGCGAGGGUGCGUUGUCACUUUAAGGAGGAGCUGGACUUCAGGGGGUGGGGACAGUUAGUGGAGGGGCUGAGGUGGCCUGGGUUUCAACCACUACCUUGGGAAGACCGAGGCUGUGUUGUGUGUGUGAGUGUGUGUGUCUGUGUGCCUAAAGACUCCUUACUAAAAGGGUUUGCAGAAGACUCCGGGAAAGCGACCAUGGAUUUGUUACGGGAGGCCGAUUGAUUUUCCUAGCGCCAGUGUUAGGCAGUGAUUUCACCCGAGAAGGACUGUGCGACAGCUGGCUGGCGUGGCUUUGGGGCUCUGCUCGUUUUCAAGCCAGAGAAGCAUGUGGCUGGCUUUUGGAUCGGCUCUUUGGAUUAGUGGAGCUGGUUUCCUUGUCAAUCUCAAGGCCUAGGUUAUAUCCACGUUUUGAAGGAACCAGUCAGAGGUCUGACUUACUAGAAACAUGGCUACCAGUGCUGUACCAAGUGACAAUCUCCCCACAUACAAGCUGGUGGUUGUUGGAGAUGGUGGUGUGGGCAAGAGUGCCUUGACCAUCCAGUUUUUCCAGAAGAUCUUUGUGCCAGACUAUGACCCUACCAUUGAAGAUUCUUACCUGAAGCACACAGAAAUUGACAACCAGUGGGCCAUCCUUGAUGUUUUGGAUACUGCUGGGCAAGAGGAAUUCAGUGCAAUGAGAGAACAAUACAUGAGGACAGGAGAUGGCUUUCUCAUUGUCUUCUCUGUCACAGAUAAAGCCAGCUUUGAGCAUGUAGACCGGUUUCACCAGCUCAUCCUAAGAGUCAAAGACAGGGAGUCCUUUCCAAUGAUCUUGGUGGCCAACAAAGUUGAUCUGAUGCACUUGAGAAAAAUCACCCGGGAGCAAGGAAAAGAAAUGGCAACAAAACACAAUAUUCCAUAUAUAGAGACCAGUGCCAAGGAUCCACCACUAAAUGUUGACAAAGCUUUUCAUGACCUUGUUAGAGUAAUUAGGCAACAGAUUCCAGAGAAAAAUCAGAAGAAAAAGAAGAAAACCAAAUGGCGUGGGGACCGGGCCACGGGUGCUCACAAACUCCAGUGUGUGAUAUUGUGACAGGGCCUCAGGGCCCCUUUGCUGCUGUGAAUGUGAACUAGAGAGACCUGGUGAUGCACUCAACUGCCUAACUGCACUGACAGCUGCUUCUAACAGUGAACCUUGGCCAGAGAUCUUGGCAUGUAAAGGAAAAAGAAGAGGAGGGUGGGUGGGGUAGGGUGGGGAAGGAAGGAAGGAGGGCAGGGAAGGUGGAGGAAGAGAACCUGCCCUUUGUAGAAGACUUGGACUGUGGCCAAUCUCUUUUGAAGGGAAUAGGUGGGGAAGAAGAAGGAUUUGGUCUGGUUUUGCCAAGAGUGACAAGCUUUCAGGUCAUUCACAGGAUAAGUGGAAAUAGCAAGUAAACAUAAGCAGCAUCUAAGCCCCUUAAGUGUUGAAACAAUCAAGUUCCCCUCUCCCUUCUUCCCUCUGUUAGUGGGUAUUUUCUUUUAAAAAAAACAAAAAACUAAAAACUAAAACUAAAAACUAAAUUGUGUCAGUUUGAUGUGGACUUGUUUAUCCACACUAAAGUAUGAAGCAUAACAGUUUAUGAAAUGGCUCUUUUUUUCUCCCAAACCCAAUAACUCGUUGGUACUGAACAUUGGGUUUUUCUUUUCUUUUUUGGUGUCUCAAAAAAUAUUGUUAUUUUAUUAAGGGAGCUAGUACCCACUGCCUAGUGAAAUCUUUGGCACUCAUCAGACUUAUGUAAUUCUGUCUGGAAUUUUUUUAACUGAAUUUUCCUAGCAGUGCCAAAACUAAAUAUAACAUAAAAUUAUGGUGGUUUAGAGGUUGGAAAUGGAACCUGGCUGUUGCUGGGAAUUCCAAGCAUUGUGUCAAACUUUGGAAGGGAGCCAACACCACAAACCAUAAACUGGAAAAAAAUAUGAUUCUUUUAGGAGUUUUUUCUGUUUGGGAAGACAGAGGAUGAGAAAGAGCUGUUUUUUGUUGUUGUUGUUGUUGUUGUUGUUGUUUUUGCUUUUUUGAAAAGGGCAGAGGGUGGCAUGUGCAUGCCGAAUUUAAACAGCAUUUUCACUAAGCCUGGAAAUGCUUAAUGUCGGAGAUAAGAUUAUUGACUUUUUAAGAGAUGAAUUAAUUUAUUUUUAGGGCAAUAAAUGCUAGGUUCAGAAUAUUCCCCAGGCAUGUGAAAGUGGCCCUUAGUUUCUUGGACUUCUGAAACCCAUCUCAUGUUUCCUCAUGCUUUCCUUUCAUUGUCUGUAACUGACUGGAACUACAUCAAUUUAAACAUCCUACCACAUCUCUCCUCAAAGGAAAGACAGCUUGUCAUAUUGGAAAGAUAGCUGAUCUGAAAGGCAGGAUGACCUAGGUUGAAGUCCUGCCUCUGACACAUAAUGGCUUUGUAUCUCUAGGCAAGUCACUUAACUUUGAAAUGAACUAGAUAACUCUCUAAGACUUUAAAUUGCAGAGAAAUUGCUAAUCUUCAUUGGUAGAGUUCCCUUACCUGGGGUUUCCCUAUACUGAUGAACCAGUCUCUCUUCCCAUCUAUCUCCCUUCAAAAAAAAAGAUGAAUCUUCACUUAGCAAUUUGUCUUCUGUCAUACAUAAAUAUCAUCCAGGCAGUUCUGGCUAAUGUUUAAUCUUGGAAGAACAAAUAAAUGUGUAACAAUUAAUUAAUUAAAAUAACACUGUUAAAGAACAGCAAAUUUAAUCCCUUAAGGUUGUGUAUGAUAAGUUAAAUACAUGGAAAACAUGCUUGGUUCUUCACAGAUUUUAACAUCAGCUAGAUGUUUGGAUUAAACUCUUAGACUGUAAUAUAUGCCAUUAGAGCAAAAAUGACCAUAAAAUCAGUGGCGUGGCUAUUAUUGACACAUUCCUAGAGGGAGUACAUUCAAAACACUCCAAGAUAAUGACCAAUUUCCAUUUAGCCACUUCUAAUAAGGCCUGGGUAAUGGUUUGAUCCAAUGUGGGGAAAGGAAAGUCUAAUACAAAAUGGAUAAGAAAGGGUAGAAUGAAUUGGAGGGGCUAUGAUUCUUCUCAGAGAGAGCAACAUAAGAUGAGGUCAGUUGCUUUUCGUCCCAAAACUUUAAAAUCAGUUGUGGAGGAACUAGGUAAUCCCCCAGGGUAGCCUGGCUAUUCUUUGAGGAAACAGAACUGGCGUGAAUGAAGACUAGACUAGAAGUCAGGAGAUCUCCAUUCCGUUUCUCAUCUUGUUAGUCACAUGAACUAACUCAACCCAAUCACCAGCACCUAGGGACUUAAUUCUGCCACCUAAAGAAUCAAAUGUGAGUAAAAUAUUGUUGUAAUAGUCCCUACUUCUGAAAUCUAAAAGGAUCACAGAGAGCAUUAUAUUUAAUAUUUUUAAAUUUUUUCUUUAACAUGACCUUUAAAAAAACUACAUUAGAUAAUCAAGGUGCUUUUUAAAACUACGAGCCCCUUGGCUCUAAAUACAAUACAAAAAAAAAAAAAAAACCCUCUGGGUUUCUAUGAUAGAAAGAGGUGAAAGUGAAGACAAUAAAUUGACUUGUAAUGAGGAAAAGAUUUGAAGUGGAGAAAGAAAAGUUGAGUAGAAGUGAGAGUGAGUGAGAUAUGAAAUAGAAAGAGCUGUAGGACCAGAUGAGAGUCACUAUACACAGAUAAUACCCAGCAUAGGACUCUGCUAUCAACCAGCAGCUUUGAGCAGGAAUAAUGAUGAUGAAAGUUUGUCAAGGUGCCAAGAAUGAACUUUGUUGAGGAAAGGGAAUAAUUGUUUGCCUUUCCUGUUUAAUGCUGGUGCUCUGGAAAGGUAGGGAGACAGGAGGUGAAGAACGCAUUCCAACAUUCCUAGUGGCAAAUAUGGGUACGCCCUGAGUCACAGUCUACUUCUUUCAGUUUCCAUACUCUGGACUCCUAAUACAACUCAAACCCACCAUUGCCUGUGAGAGAAAUUGGGUAAAAGACAUUGUAUUGAUGAAUUGGCUCACUUUAUGGCCUUUUCAUUUGCUCCAAUACAGAAUAUAUCGUGAGCUUGUACCUCCCUUUGCCUCACUUUCACCCAUCUAUGAAAUGAGUAAAUAACACCCUAAGGGAUUCAUUCUGCUCUGGAGACAAUGCAGUGCCUUAUUGAAAAGAAGUAACUAUUUGGAGGGGGAAAAAAAAGGAUAACAUCCUAUCACCUUUAGCUUAGAAUUUUUUCAGCUUACCAUAAGGACAAAGCGAUGAUACUGUUAGCACUGAUUUUUUUUUUUUUUUAAUCUGGCAAGAUAAUCCUUGAUUAAAUAUAUCAUUUUGACUUUUAUUUCUUAAUUAAUCCCUUGGUAGCUUCCCCUUUGGCACCUAAUAACCCCUCUAGGUUUCUAGACUUCCUGUAGAACAGCCCUCAGCACCAAUGACAGCUCCUUCUAUGAAGCUGACUAAUGUGGCCCAUUCAUUCCUUAGCUUCUAUGUUUCUCCUCCCACUUCUGAGACUACUCCUUUAAUAACUCUUGCCAUCCUUUAAUUGUGGGAAUCCUCUGAGACAUAGUCGUUGGCCUUCUUUAUAUAUACUCAUUCACUUCCUCAGGGAAUUCAUCCCCUCGCAUGAUCUCAGUGAUCAAGCUGUAGGGGGAUGAUUUCCAGAACUUUGCUCUCCAUGUUCUUUUUUCCUCCUUCCUAUUCAGAAUGUCCAAUAUAGCUGGGAUGCACUACUGAACUUUGCCAGUAAGUGCUCCCACCUAAUAUGAUAUACUCUAGCCUGAAAAAUCCUUUGAGUUUGAAUCUUCAGGUUAAUUGUAACAAAGAAGUCCCCCACUUUAUCUGUUCUAUAAGUUUAAAAUUCUGUAUAUGAAGGAUACUUGAAUUAUAGAAAUAGAGUUCAAUCCCAUUUUUAUGUAAUACAUUAACAAAAAUGCCAGUUUUAUGAAAUGAACAUGACUGCUAAAGAACAUUCGAAUGAAGCUUGAGCCUUUUAUGUAAUUUUUAUUACGUUUUUGUGUAUUCUUAUUCAUUAAUAAAGGAAAAAGGAGACACA